AUGACUGAGAAGGUGGAUAGGACAAAAUAUCCUAAAAAAAUGUUUAGUGCUAUGACAAAGCCAGCUUCUGAGAAAAGUAUCACUACAAAAGCAGUGAAAAAAAUUUGUGAAGUGUAUUCAGAUGCAGUGAAAGGUCGUACAUGUCAGUUGUGGUUUAAAAGGUUUAAAGAUGGCGAUUGUGAAAUAUCCAACAAGCCUUGCUCUGGAAAACGACCCACUCUGAAUGAUGACCUUUUGAAUGAGACUACUGUAUCAGAUCCACGUCAAAGCACCAGAGAUUCAGCACAAAAAAUUACUGUAUCAUGUUCAACUAUCCAUGAACAUCUCAAGCAAAUUGGGGAAAACAUGCAAAGAGGGAAUUUGAGUUCCAUAUGUACUUACACAUGA